CCUUAAGGAAUACGUCACUUUCGGCUGCAUCGGACUGAUUGAUAAAAAAGAAUGGCUGGACCACAAGCAAAUGAUGCCCGAUUGUCUUUGGAAAUUCGUACAAAAUCUGUGGAGCAAACACUUAUUCCAUUAGUAACACAGAUUACAACCUUAGUAAACCACAAAGAGAGACCUCGAGUGACAGAGAAAACCACACAGGCCCUGGUUAGGGUCGGUCAAGCGGUGUGUCUGGCGGUGGAGCGGUUUGUGUCCGUGGGACAGACCAUUGCUGACGAGAACCCUGAGAUCAGCACAGACAUGUGUCAGGCUUGUAUGGAGGCCAGAAAUGCAGGAGCCAGCAUUCAGCAGCUGACAGCGGGAGAUUCAGCCUCUCACAGGAACGGUAAACAAAUAGCUGAGAAGACGGCCAUGGUCAGGGCAGCCCGACAGUUGUUAUCAGCUGUUACCAAAGUCUUACUUCUAGCUGACAAAGUCAUUGUUAAACAGUUACUUAUAUCCAAAGACAAGGUGUCCAAUACCCUGAAUGAACUGUACUCUGUGACAACCUUUACAGAUUUUGUAAACAUUUUCUCUCAGUUUGGUAAUGAGAUGGUAGAACUAGCUCAUCUGACUGGAGACAGACAAAAUGAUUUAAAGAGUGAGAAACACAGGGCUCAGAUGGGGGCAGCCAGGGCAGUGUUGGAGAAAUCAACCAUGAUGCUCUUACCGUCCUGUAAGGUGUGCUUAAGGCAUCCAGAUUGUGAGACAGCUAAGGAGAACAGAGAGGGUGUGUUCAAACUAAUGAAGGGGGCACUUAAAAUGAUCCAUCACAUUGUCACAGAUGAGGGUGGGAGCCAGGCCAAUGGAAAUGUAUCACCAGAACUUAAUGGUGAUUCAGGAAUAGGAUUGGACAAUCACUUCUCUGCUUGUAAAGCCUUCAAAGAGUUUGAGGAUCAUGUUGAGAUGACUCGUGUGACGGGAGUUACCUCCAGUUGUAAGGAGAAGUUGAAUGGUGCCUUUGACUCCCUGGUGGAGACCAUGCAGGAUUUUACAGACUCCGCCUACACCUCUCACCAACACAGGGAAUCCAUUAUACAGAUGUGUGACAGACUUAAGGCAGAACUCAGUGCUUUACUCAGAACUUGUAAGAACCAAAGAAAUUCCCAGAAUCCUAGUCCAGAAAUGGAGACAGCUAUACUGAGGACCCUGACUGCAGCCAAAUCACUCAACAAACAGCUCCAAGACACAGCCACAGACCAGGCAUCCGAAUUGUUUAAAGCUAAUGAAGACCACGAGAUUCUGAAGCAUCUGAAGGCUGCGGGAAACAGUGGGGACCAGCAAAGGGUGACGGAGAUGACAGUCAAGUUUGAGGAGCACAUGCAGCAGCUGGAGGAGGUCUGCAAAUUAUUUCGUCAUAUAGCUACAAAUGAACAGCUUGUUAUUGCUGCAGAACACAAUGAGUUUGUUUUGAAGAGCUUGGGACCACUUACUCUCCUGGCUGCACAGGCUUUGUCCCAGUAUCCAAACAGUAAGAUAGCGCAGGAGAACCUGGACAUGUUCGCCGAGUCCUGGGAGACACAGAUCAAUGACCUGUCUAUCAUGGUCAAGGAAAUCAAUGAAGUGUGUCAGGGCAGGGGAGAUAAACCAGUGUACAUGUCCCUACCCAGACCUGGGAAACAUGGUACUAACUCCCGUUGUGUAAGGCCGGUGAAGUUGGAUGCAGAGGAACAAGCUAAAAUAGCAAAACUUGGUCUGGAAAUGAAAUUAAUUACAUCAGAAAUGGAUGCCGAGACUGACAAAUGGGAGGAACCCGAUAAUGAUAUUGUCAAGCGUGCCAAGAACAUGUCCAGUAUGGCCUUCUCCAUGUAUCUGUUUACCCGGGGAGAGGGGCCACUAAAGACCACACAGGACCUAUUUAUCCAGGCCGAAUACUUCUCAUCAGAAGGCAAUAAACUGUACAAAACUGUCAGGGACUUUAGUGAUAAGGUGCCCCUUUGUGUUCACCGUGAGGAACUGAUGACACAUCUAGAGAGGAUCCCAGCCUGCUGCCAGCAGCUUCACUCCAUCCUAAGGACCCAGACCAGUGGCAAAACGGCCACAUUUAACAAGGUCGACAAUGCAAUCCAAGAAACAAAGAAUUUGAUGAACAUUAUUGCAAAAGUUGUGACCACUUCAUUUGUUUGUGCAACCAAGUAUAACAUAGACUACAGAAAAUCUCCAGGCUCAAGUCAUCGCUGGAGAAGCUCAGGCGAGGCGCGCUCAGCUACAAGCAGUGACAAUGAGUCCAUGUACAGUAGUUCUAUGUCAGAUGGACUCAACAAAAGCUCAUCAUCCAAUAAACAGUUUUCUGCCAGCAACACUAGUUUGGAGUGACAACCCUCAGGUUCCAACUAGGUGCUCCAAAAAAAUAUGGUAUUCACUCAUGUGAAACUAAUUGAUAAAAUGAUGAUACAAUCAAAUCUUUCAUGAGAUGCAUGAAUUAUCUGCAUGUCUUUUUUCUUUAUCAUUAAAUGAACAAACAUUUUCAAAAUGAAGAGAAAAGAACAGAAUGCUUAUGAUGCUUUGAAUUUUUUUCAGCCUGUGCAAUAUAUUUGUGAAAGCAAUUAAUACAUAUACUGUGAUGACUCCAUUACACACUAUGUGCAAUAAAUUUUGUAAUGUUUGUUCUCCACAUCUCCACAUUCAGUGUAAUUUUUUUUUGUUUAAAAUAUAAAAUGCCUUUCAGUUUUUCACACUAAAAAGUGAGGCUGCUCUCUCUCUUGCUUUACCUUAUACUGAAGGUUAUCCCUUGUAUCAGAUUGACUCGAGUGCUGUUGUCAAAUUGUGUUCAGAGUAAAUGGUUUUUUUUGUAAGCAUGCACAGCAGUAUUUUUUCUUUUUGUAGAGAACCUACACAGUUCUUAUUACAAGUUUAUGACAUUUAUUUUAGCGACUCAAUUUAAUUAUAUAUACAUAUAUCUCUCACAUCAUUAUUCUACAGACGAAACUUCGUGUGUCAAAAGACUAGAAAUUAUGCUUUGCUUAAUAUGACAAUUUUACCAUGUCAGAAGUCUUUGCUUUUUCAGUGUUCAUUAGUCAAUUAAAAUUAUUUUAAAAAAUAAUGUCUACCAGAAAGCAAAUAUUUAUAGCCAUUUCUUAUUGAAGUAAACUGUGUUAGGAAUACAUGUUUGACCCAUUUAAGCUGAUCACACUCUUACAACUUCUAGUUAAAAUUAUGUAAAAUGAGAUUGUGUAUUUUAUUAAAAUUAGAAAUAUAUACAUGUAUACAUAUUUAGGUUGUAAACUAGAAGUCCCAGACUCUGUGAUUUAUUUACGUAAUUAUUACUAUGUAUUUAUGUUGCACUUUGUUUAGAUUUGCACAUUUAUUUUAAUGGUGCUUGUAUACUCAUGUUAAUUUGAUUCUGAUGCCUGAGAUCAUGUUUUUUCUUGCCUUUAUGAAAUCUACAAAUUGUUAAGCAUUCCAUCAUACAUUUCCCUGCAAUUAUUUUUGUAAUGAUCUGUUCAUGUUUUUGUUCAUGCAAGUGCUUUGCUUAGAGAAAUGGAUGUAAAAUGUAUUUUAAGAUUCAGAGUGUUGUGAAAACAAACUUCAUGUGUAUAUUGUAUGAUCACAGAAAAAUAGAUACAGGAGCGAAGAACUGGGUUAUAGAAAAUAUUAAAUAUAUUUGGACUGAUCCAUGUAAUGGUAGUUUCUCCUUAUUCAGUGAACCCACAUACC